AUGCGACCAUUUACUCCAUUGCGAAAUAAUCUCGCCUCACUUGUAAAAACGGAUCUGGUCCCAGAGUCUCUACCUCGGUACGCUGGUUCUGUUCAACAUUUCUACAGAAACAAGGUCCUCGAUGGCCAUGUGCAUCAAAAGGCAACACCCAUUACACUGAGGCAACUCAUCUUCUACGAGCGACACCGGAAUACAAAACGUAUUCUUGCUUCAGCCAAUUAUGUCCGCACCGAGUUGCCUAUCAGACUAUCUCACCGUAUCCGAGAGUUCCAGAACCUGCCGUUUAUUGUUGGUACGAACCCCUUUAUUCAGGAUGUGUACGACCUCUACUGGAAGUCUUUUGAGCGGUUGCGCACGGUGCCGCCUAUCACCACACUUGCGGAGAACGAGGAUUUUUGCGGGGUCCUCAGAGGCACCCUGGAAGACCAUCGGGUGGUCAUACCCCGAUUGGCGCUGGGAAUAUCCGAGUGCCUUGAUCAUAUAUCCUCACAACGGCUCGAUGCCUUUAUGAACUCUACCCUAAAGGCGCGUAUCUCUCGCCGAGUGCUUGCCGAACAACAUCUUGUCAUGUCUCAUGUUGGAACCGAGAUACCCAUCUCAAUCUUCAGCAGUUGCUCAGCCCACGCCACCCUCGAGACUUGCAAGGCUCUUGUGAUGGAGCACUAUCCAGAACAAUCAAAAGUCCCACAGGUGAUUGUGGGCGAAGGUGAAAAAGAUUCCAAAGAUACUGAGUUUACCUAUGUAUCCGAACAGAUCCAAUACAUCUUGUACCAACUCUUGUCCAAUGCCGUCCGUCAUACAAUCAAACACCAUUCCAACGCAGCCGGAUCUUAUCCACCCAUUAAAGUCACCGUGUGUUCAAACUCGACCGACGUGUUCUUUAGAAUCUCGGACAGGGGCGGAGGAAUUCUUCCUGAAGUUUACAAAAGCCUGUGGUCCUAUGGUGUCCGGAAUCAAAUCUUUGGAAACUUCAAACAUAUACCUCAACACACUGGAUCUGUUGCAGAGCACAGUCAUGAUGUACCUCUUGGAAUUGGGCUUCCAAUGAGCAGAGCUUAUGCAGAAUACUGGGGAGGUGAGAUCAAUGUGGUAACAAUGGAUGGCUGGGGCACAGAUGCAUACGUUAGGAUCCCUAAGCUUGGCACCCAGAUUGAAAAUAUCGAUGUCGAACCGACCGAUGAGCAUGCUGUUCUUGAUAGCGCCCAUGAAGGCCCUACUCCUUGUCGCCUUGCCGUGUAA